AUGGUACAAAUAAUUUUAUACAAACCUAUCCUUGUCGCAUGCGCAAAAUUCAAUUGCAUGAGAAUGUAUCCUUCUAAGGCAAACUAUCACUUCUCUCGUUCACAGAAAACAAUGGAGAUUCAUGUUCAGGAGUCAGGUAAUCUACCACUUACAAGAGAUGCCUACAACAGGGCCAACCGCAUAACCAUCGAAAAUUGUGAUAUCAAACCACUGCAAAAUGGUGAGCAACUAAAGCCACUACUCCAUUACGCAAUCAACACCCUUUACAUAAAUUGGAAAAAAGAUACAAAAAAUACUACCCCUACAUAG